AUGGUGAGGUGCACUUUGUUGUCGCUCCCUUUAUUGAAUGAAGGAAUGGAUGAACCACUGAGGAAAGGAAUGGAUAAAGAAGUACUGAAUGAAGGAGUGGAGAAGGAAGUACUGAUUCAAGGACCUGAUAAUGAAGGAAUGGAUAAGGAGAUACUGAGUGAAGGAAUGGAUAAUGAAGAAAUGGAUGAAAAAGUACAAAAUGAAGGAAUGGAUAAGGAGGUACUGAAUGAAGGAAUUGAUGAAGUAGUAAAGAUUGAAGGAAUAGAUAAUGAAGGGAUGGAUGAAGAAGUGCAGAGUGAAGGAAUGGAUAAGAAGGUACUGAAUGAAGGAACUGAUGAAGUAGUAAAGAUUGAAGGGAUGGAUGAAGAAGUACAGAAUGAAGGAAUGGAUAAGAAGGUACUGAAUGAAGGAAUUGAUGAAGUAGUAAAGAUUGAAGGGAUGGAUGAAGAAGUACAGGAUGAAGGAAUGGAUAAGAAGAAUGAAGGAAUGGAUAAGAAGGUACUGAAUGAAGGAAUUGAUGAAGUAGUAAAGAUUGAAGGGAUGGAUGAAGGAAUGGAUAAAGAGGUACAGAAUGAAGGAAUGGAUAAAGUAGUAAAGGUUGAGUUAAUGGAUAGUGAAGGAAUGAAUGAAGUACAGAAUAAAGGGAUGGGUAAAGUAGUAAAGAUUGAAUUAAUGGAUAGUGAAGGAAUGAAUGGAGAAGUGCAGAAUGAAGGAAUGGAUAGAAAGGUAGUGAAUGAAGGAAUUGAUAAAGUAGUAGUGAUUGAAGGAAUGGAUAAUGAGGGUAUGGAUAGUGAAGUACUGAAUGAAGGAAUGGAUAGUGAAGUACUGAAUGAAGGAAUGGAUAAUGAAGUACUGAAUGGAAGGAUGGAUGAAGAUGUACUGACUGAAGAAAACAAUCAAAGGAUGUUCUAUGAAGAAGCUUGCAAGUUUGUAGGUAUAACAUCAGAUGUUUUGCGGAAGCGUCGUGAAGAAACGUGUGCUGCAAUUCGGGCUGAACAGCGUCAAGAUGAUUUAAACAGGCGACGUCAGAUUAACCAUGUUGUUACAGCGAAUGAAGAACGUGAAGCAGUAGGAUUUUUUAUAGAUGCUUAUUAUUUUAAUAGUCACCAAAUACAAAUUGAUAGAUUUCCGAUAUGUACGGGAGAAAUAAAGAGGGUUGGUAAUGACUUCUAUGGAGUAACCUAUAUCGACAUUGAACAGAUUUUGUAUGAGUACAAUUAUCGAUUACGUGAAGGUAAUGCUGGUGAAAUAGCCGAAGAAAUUGUUCAUUUGAAUUUAGUACCGCACAUAAUCGAAUUGUUGAGAACGGGAGCAAAAGUUCAUAUUCAUCGUACUGCAGUUUACAUAAUUAGCACAAUAGUUGCUCUCUCUACAGCACAUACGGCAAAAAUUGUUGCGAAUAAUGCAAUACCAUAUUUAAUUAAUCUGAUAGGAUCUGAAGAUCGUGAAACCCGAGAGUUAACGUUGUUUGCUUUGGCAAACAUUAUUUCAGAAUCUCCUAUGUAUAGAGAUGCUUGCAUUAGAUGGGGAAUUGCUCCAAAAAUUGCAGCAGUGUGCAAUAAGUUUUCUGUACUUUGCAGAUUUACGAUCAUAGAAGCAAGAUGUGCUGUUUGGACUGCAUCGAAUUUAUGUCGAGGAAAUAAUCCACCUGUUGAUAUUAACGAGAUCGCAAUUUUGUUGCCGUUAUUUAGCGAAGCUUUGCAUAGUUCUGACUCUUUAAUCUUGUUAGACGCAUGUCGCGCGUUUAACUGGUUAUUUGAAUCCAUUCCUAUGAGAUCUUUCAACUGUGUUGUAAAGCCAACUAUUACCCAACGGUUGGUAAACCUUAUAGCGCAUCAGAAUCCAAAAAUAUCUUUGGAAGCAUUAUUGGCUGUUGGAAAUAUUAUUCUUGGAGGUCAUUUUUAUCUAGAAAGUGUUGUGAGCUGUUGCAAUUCAAUGGUCAACAUUCAUAAUUUACUGCGGGAAGGUGAUCAAGAGACCAAGCGAGAAGUAUGUUGGGUAUUAUCAAACAUUAUAUCCGGUGCAUAUUCUCAUACUCAAAUAAUUUUUGAUAAUGGAAUAAUUCCGUCGUUGCUUAAGAUUUCAAAGACACAAACUUUUCACGUUCGCGUAGAAGCUUGUUAUGUUAUUUGUAAAAUUGCUAUGAGUGGUCGGAAAAAGCAAAUAUCAGACCUUGUUGAAGCCGGGGCGCUCGCUCCUCUCAGCGACAUGCUUACUGUAAUGGACACAAGAGUAGUGCUUUUCGUUUUGGCAGCAUUAGAUCGAAUUCUAAAGUGCGGUGAAUGCUACAAAGGUCAUGUUGGACUUUUUUAA